AUGUACACAAUAGAUAUCAAUAAAAAAAUCAGGGUCGAGGACGAUCAAUUUCUGAGGAACGCAUCGAGAUCGUUACGACCAUUCGGAGAAAAUGAUCAAUCGAGGAGAGCGAUAUAUCGAGAAUCAAUACAAUCUCGUAACAGGUAUCAGCCUUAUCCACCCGAUCGAAGAGAUAAUGUUCGGGAUAAAGACUUCACCAGGAACGAUAAAAGAAACGAUCGAGGUUCGAGCAACCGGGGACUGAGGAAUAAGAAUGGUUCCGACAAAUCAUUGAAAAAUAAAGAGACCCCAAAAAUAUCAGAAUAUAGUUUCAAUAUGGAUGUAUCAAGCAUAACAUCGACUCUUGGUCGCAUUGGAGAGACAAGGUGGCCGAGGCCUCUCCAGACCGACCCAAAUCGAAAAGAUAAAAGCUUGAUUUGCAAGUUCCAUGGUACUCACAGGCACAAAACCGAGGAUUGUCAACAACUAAGGGAAGAAGUCGCUCGGUUAUUUAAUUUGGGGCAUCUUCGGGAAUUCCUAAGUGAACGAGCUAAGACUCACUUCAAAAACAGGGAUGCUAACAAGCAACCCGAACAGGAAGAACCUCAACAUGUGAUCAACAUGAUCAUUGGGGGAGUGGACAUUCCCCAAGGACUGAUAUUGAAACGCAUCAAAGUCUCCAUCACAAGAGAGAAGCGAACUAGGAAUUAUGACCCCGAGGGUUUCAUCUCGUUCAGCGAUGAGGACAUAGAAAGUAUCGUUCAACCUCACAAUGAUGCACUGGUAAUAUCUGUACUUGUCAAUAAAUUUCGAAUUAAACGUAUAUUAGUUGAUCCAGGUAGCUCGACUAAUAUCAUUCGAUGGAGAGUCAUGAAACAGCUGGUAUUAUUAGACCAGAUCGUGCCAGCAGUACGAGUUCUUAACGGGUUCAACAUGGCAUGCGAGACGACGAAGGGUGAAAUCACCCUGCCGGUCAACACAACGGGAACCACGCAACAGACUAAGUUCUAUGUGAUCGAAGGGGACAUGGGGUAUAACGCCUUGUUUAGGAGACCGUGGAUACAUAACAUGAGGGCAGUCCCCUGA